GCUAUGCUAGGCUCUCCAGUUCCUGUUUUCAUUCUCAUAUGACAGUUUUCGUGCAAGCACUCUAAGGUGAUUUGUUGCGGGACAUUGGGCCAUUAGCAAAACGAAACUAGGAGGUCCUUCCCAAAAGAAGUUUGUGCCACGUCAGGAUAUUGAAAGUGAUAUGACAGUCACUGAAAUACGGCAGCAGGGGCGAAGUAAACAGUCUUGGUAACGGUCGUUUCCACAGCUUUGGCUUCAUGCUGUAGGAACUAUCACCGACGGAGAAAAACAAAAGCAAGCACAUCAUCAUAGCUAGCUAGCUAGCUAGCAUCAGUCAAUGAAAGCACAUAUCUGUGCAUUGGCGGACAUCCGAGCGACCACAAAUCUAUCUGAAUAGAUAUAAAAUGGAGAAUCAAUACAAUCUCAAGAGUCCCGCGGUGAAGAGGCUGAUGAAGGAGGCCGCCGAACUCAGGGACCCCACGGAGCAUUACCACGCCCAGCCACUAGAGGACAACCUGUUUGAGUGGCACUUCUCUGUGCGAGGCCCCCCUGACUCGGACUUCGAUGGGGGGGUGUACCACGGCAGGAUUGUGCUGCCGCCGGAGUACCCAAUGAAGCCCCCCAGCAUCAUCUUGCUCACUCCCAACGGGAGAUUUGAAGUUGGAAAGAAGAUUUGCCUGAGCAUAUCUGGCCACCACCCUGAGACCUGGCAACCCUCUUGGAGCAUCAGAACGGCGCUAAUAGCGAUCAUCGGAUUCAUGCCAACCAAAGGCGAGGGGGCGAUAGGAUCCCUCGAUUACACUCCAGAAGAGAGGAGAACUCUCGCCAAAAAGUCUCAGGAUUUCUGCUGCGAGGCGUGCGGGUGCACCAUGCGCACUGCCCUGCUGACCCUCACCUCCAACAGCAACCCCAGCCAGGAGGACCGCGAGGCCAAAGAGCUCGCCCGACAGAUAAGCUUCAAGGCGGAGUCCAGCUCGUCAAGUAAAGCCGGUCCGAGCCAAGGGGCCGCGUUCGACGCCCAGACGGACCCCCAAGCGGAGGCGUCUACCUCAGAGAGCCAGGACAGCGCCGAAUCGGCCCAGCCCGAACAGGAGGAAGCGUCUCCGGCCCCCAGCGUGGAGGACGCGGCCCCGCCGGCCCCCAGCAGCCGGCCCCUCAGCCCCCGGCAGCGGCGUGCCCAGCAGCCCCGGCGGCCCGCCUUCCCGCAGUUCCCCCCCGCGCCACGCCCCCCGCCGGACGCCAGCCACACGGGCUCGGCCGUCCUGAUCGUGGUCCUCACCCUGGCUCUGGCCGCCCUCAUCUUUCGCCGCAUCUACCUGGCCAACGAGUACAAAUUCGACUACGAGCUGUGACAGCGUCCGACCCCUCGAAACCCCCCACUACCCACCCCGCUGCCUCAUAUGCCUCUUUUCCCAUAGAGAGAACUGUCAAACAGUGGCCCCCAGGAACCAGACUGUUGGGCUUAGCUGAGUCCCCCCCCCCCCCCCCCCCCCUCCACACGCAAAUACAGGGGCAAGGCCACGGUCAGUCUGUACUUACUGGUGAAGAUGUGUUCCCCUGGAGAUCACGGUCUAGCAGGAGAAAAACCUGCAGCGUGGGUGUGUAGCUAUAGUAAUACAUUUUAAAAGAGAGCUGCGAUCAGUCUCACACCAAACCCUGCUAUAAAAAAAACAGUCUUGGCUUCAUGUUCUCUUAAUCUGUAUUGUGUCUUUAAACCAUGAGAAAUGCCUGCUUUCAAAUAUGUUUUCGAAAUAUGGCUAUAAUGUAAAAAAAAAAAAAAAAAAAACUAAACGACAAAGGUGUUUGAAUCGUAGAAGGUUGAUUAGAAUUAUAUAUUUUACUUUUUGCUCUGUAAUCAACAGAAUAGAAAUUUGUAAAUUUACCAUGUAAACCUGAAACGGCCAUUGAAAAUAAUAAGCUGCAUGGAUCAUCAAUACCAGGUGUCCAGGCGCCUGUAUUUCUCACAGUACAUAUUAGAAGCCUUAAUCAUCAUGUCAUUAAAGGUUGAAUUUACUGUUGAUAUUGAAGGUCAAACACGUACGUACAGUAGGGAGAGUAGCUGAUUAGCCUCGAUCCAGUGUAUUUAUUUUUUUCUGAACUGUAGCUGAGGAUUUUAAUACAAUGACAAAGGGAAGAAUCAUGAACUGCGCAACCAUACCUUAAAUCUGCCAGCAGUGGUCAGCAAAUGUGUGAGGGCUGAUUGAAAAACAAGAAACUACAUUUCCAGCAAGCCCUGUUACAAUGAAGAUCGUACCAAAUGGUGGUGGGGGGGGGGGGGAUACCUGAUGUCAAAGGGCAUUUAAAUCUGAACUGUCAACUUUCUCUGAAAAUUUUCUGAACAAUAUUCAGUCAUUGCAGUUUACAACUAUUAUAUAGAACUAAUGUUUCAUUGCUGCAUAAAAAGCCAUUGGCGUGCAAAUAGGUUUAUUGUGCCUGUCCAUGCCACAUACAGAUGUGUGCUGGAUGCCUUGUCAUGAUUGUUCCAGCCUGCUCAUGAUUGAGCAUGACCUGACGUUUUCUGGGAAGUAGACCACCCCUUGUCACAUGGACAAUGUUAACUGCUUCCCUCAGUAUUGCCAUUCAUUGUCAUUUCAGUGAAAACUGACUAAGGAUUAGCAAUGGCUCCACCAAAUCUUACAACUGUAAACAUCCCCCUCUCUCACACACACACACUCGCACACAUACACACACAAUACUUUCUAUGUGGCUACUAUGCUGUCAAUCACAGACAAACAUAAAUACUGAUAGUUGCCAUUGCUCAUAGGUUGUAGAUGCACUUACUCAUGUGUACAGUGACAUACAUAUAAACACACAGUUGAGAAUUGUAAGCACCAAAUGUUGUUUUACCGUAUUUUUGUCCAUUGCAGAAAUGGAUGAAAAAGCACCAUGUAACAUUCCAUAAUUUUAGUGUAUUGGACUGAAAUUAAAAUAACUGCAACCAAUAA